UUUAAAUUUGGAACAGUUCGCUGCAUAGAUUAGAAUUUGAUAUUUUGUUUUUUUUUGUGCAAGUAGUGCAGCAAUGGCGUUCCUUCAGGGACCUUCUGUGAAACAAGCAGAAAUGAUGAAACAGGACCUGGGUGAGGCACCCGGGGACCUGGAAAGAUGUAUCAGGGACCUUCGUAGUAUGCUUGCUGCUUCUCCACAUCUACCAAAUUCGGAAGACGUAGACACAAAAUUCCUGGAGUUGUUCGUGAGAGGCUGCCGGCUAGACAUGGAGCGAACCAGGACCAAGCUGGAGGCCUUCUUCCUGUCUCGUUCACGGCACAGGGACUUGUACGAGCACCGGUCCCUUAAUGAACCUCCGCUUAGCAAUGCCUGCAAGUUCUUGGACAUAGUGCCUCUCCCCAAGGUGACCGACGAGGGCUACAGAGUGACCAUACUGCGGGUGAAGCCCAGCUACCCGGAGAGCGCGGCCGACGUGGCUGACGCCGCCAAGGCCAUACUCCUCGUCAGUGACGCCAGGAUGCAUGAUGAGACUUUCAUCGCUGGAGAUGUUUUUAUUUGGGAGCUAUCACACGUUCGUGGUUCCUUAGCGGCGCGCGUGAUGGCGGCCGCCAACGUGGUUCGUCGAGCCAUCCACCUGGCGCAGGCUGCGUACCCUCAGAGGAUGAAGAGGAUCCACGUGGUGGGCGCCAGACCCUUCCUCGCCUCCUCACUGCAGCUCAUGAGGUCCUGUGUCAACGAGAAGAUCAGGAGACGGUAUUACAUCCAUUCGCAAGUCGAUGAACUGUUGGAGCACAUACCUGCUCGAGUACUGCCCGCAGAAUGGGGUGGCGAGGAAGAAUCUAUCGACGUGCUGGCUAAGAAAUGGAGGAACCGCGUUGACGAAGUCAGGGACCACCUUAGAAAUCUCAGUAUCUUAUGCAACACUACUCCAGCGCCAAUAAUAGAUAACGAUAUUUAUGGCACAGUAGGCGCAUUUAGAAAACUCGAUAUCGAUUAAGUUAGUGAUAACCACUCUAGAGGAGGCUAUAACCAAUCAUCAUAAAGCGCGUGUUAUAAUGCAGCUCUACGAUUGGUUGAUAUCAUUACCUCUGUGAUGAUCGGAGGGAUGCGAAUGCGACGCAGCGAAGUCUAUAAAGAAUGACAAGCUCUGAGGGCCACCAAAGAUUUGACAACGCACUUCACCGCCUGUCAUUCUGGUCUGUGAUCAUGUAAUUCUGGACUGUAUAUCUAAGUUACCCUAAAAGUACAAUAGCGCCAGAGAAAGUGAGGGUUAAAUGAAAUAGUCAUAACAUCAUCAAUAUAUACCAAUAAAAAUAAAUAAACAACGCUUAAUUUUAUAUUGGAAGUCUCAUUAGGUCCUUCUUAUCUUUUAAAACGUUGACUAUUCAACGUUCUAUAAGAUACGAAAAAAUUAUAAUAAUUUAGAUAAUUGUAUACUUAGCAUUGAUCAGUGUUUAUAAAUAUUUUUUACUUAGAAUUAAGACAACAAAAUGGUUAUGUGUACUCGUGAUAAUUUUAUUUUGUUAUUGAUAAGUAUGUGAAGAUGGAAUGGUCACACAAAGUGAGGUUAUUAUUUUUAGAAAAUAAGUUAUUUAA